GCUUGGUCCUCCGCGCUUCCAUGCCGGGCAGUCUUCGUCGGCUGCUUCGGGGUAACUGGCUGGAGCGUGGAUGCGCUGGAGAAUGUGGAAUUUGAGGAGAAGGGCCGUGGCAGGGAGUUCGGCUCGCCAGGAGCACCUGACAUCCAGCUGGGCAUCACUGUGGUGGCACUUCGGAAAAGCUCCGAGGGAAACAAGUGCCCNNUGUCCACUGUGCCGGAGAAGGUUCCCACCGCGGCUGAUGGAGCCACGGCUCACAUCGUCAUGGGCGCAGUCACGCACCAGUCGGCUGUAGACAAGCUUCUCACGUCUCCCGACCACUGCAUUUGCAACGGCGGGCUUUGCAAAGACGUGCUGGAAUGGGACAAGGACAAGGGCACUUGGGUGGACUUUGGCUUGGCGACGAUCACCUUCUUCGUGACGGAGUCCACGAUGUACAACGUGGAAUCCCAGCUGUUGGCUGAGUUGGCUGGCACAGAGCUCCCCACUUUCGGCAUGUUCUGCUUCGGCGAGAUCGGGAACCAAGCCAAACAGAAUCCAAAUGGAUGGAAUUCUCAGACUCCUUCAUCCGAGGUCAGUUCCUACCACUCCUUCACCACCUGCUUCCUGGUCUACGCUGAAAAAAUCGCAGAGGCGCCACAGCCCGGUGGCCUUCGCUGCUGCGCACCCAUCGAGAACCCCGCGGAAUUUACAAUGCCUGUGAUAUCCGAAGCCGUAGUUCCCGUGAUGACCGGCCACGGCAGCGUCACUGUGCACCAGUCCGUGACAGAAGCUGAUUUGGUGGAAGUGUACAAGCCCGGCGCCACCUCGACCUACAAGGACUUCCAGCGCAGCGUGUGCUUCGAGGACGUGGCACAGCCCACGGCGCCAGUCAUCAAUUUCUGGGUUUGGGAUGGUGGGAUGUGCCCCCAGGAGUGUUACGUGAAGUCGAAGCCAGACCCCGAAGUGGACAUCUUCCUGUCCCACUCGAUGAAGCAGGACUUCAAGACCCCGGUUCUUGCGAUGAGAGAUUCUGACCAGUACACGCUGCACAAGGUGGCGGACAUCUAU